GAAAGAGUCAGCGAUUGUGAGACCGAAAAAAGCGACAAAAACUUGUGCCCAAAACUCUAUUCCCUCGAAUUGGAUGUCUUCCAACUCGUCCUCCAACUCACCGAAGAUGUCGAUCACCUGAAACACAUCCAACAGGUCUACGACCCGACCGAAUCUCGCGCCUACAUUCACAUCGACUUCGAUGGGUUGGAGAGCGCGUGGAAGGCCUUCCGCCUCUUAGACGGCUUCGUGUGGAUGGACGCCGCGCUCGACGUCUAUUGGAGCGGACUUUUGCGGCCGCCAGAGGACAGGACUCGCGUCUCGUUCUACGUCUUUGUGGGCGACUUGCGGACAGACAUCGAAACACCACAACUCCUGCAGGCGUUCUCUUCGUUCGGACGCGUCUUCGACAGCAUUGUGGUGAGAGAUAAAGAGACCCUUUCCUCCCGGGGCUACGGAUUCGUGGCGUUUGACGACAAGGAGAGCGCACAGAAAGCCGUAGACGUAAUGAACGGUCGGUUUCUGAAGUGCUUUGUCGUCGAGAAAGAGACGAUUCGUUGGCAUUUCAAAGACUCGUACGAAAUGAUUGGUUUGCUUUCCCAUCGAAACAAUCGCACGCUUUGUGUGGAAGGACUGGAAGCGCGUCUUCUGUGCGAAGAGUUCAUCAAAAUUCUGUUCAAAGAGUUUGAAGUAUUCGCCGAAAAGAUACUGAUUUACGAAAGAAAGGCUUUGAUUGGGUUUCGGACGCGAAAUAUCUGA